AACUGCCAGCUGCCACCUGCCAACCGUCGCGAAAGCUCACGAUCGCAUUCUUCUGCUUUUUUUCUUCUUACUUUCUACGUCAUGGCGAGUAUCGACCGAUACCGACCGCCUUACCGGGAACCUUACCAACUUCCUACCGCACCUCCUACUGGUAGCAACGCGAACAGCCAUUCUAAAUCCCCCACAAGGAGACGCGACGUACCUCCACCUGUCCCUUCGCCACCUACAAAUUCGUCGCGUACCUCUCCACCUGCACCACAAUCGCGACUCGUCGCACCUUCUCCCAGUCGCUCGGCGACUAAGACGUCACCCACAAUGUCGAAUCAAUGGCUUUUUACCCAAGAUGAGGUCCUGAGCAGUCCCAGCAUUCUGGACGGACUAUCGCCGGCAGAGGAGCGACUGAGACGGGCGAAGGGCGUAAACUUCAUCUACCAGGCUGGCAUCCUACUUGAACUCCCUCAGACUACCCUCUAUGUUGCCGGUGUCUUCUUCCACAGAUUCUUUAUGAGAUGUAGCAUGGUCGAGGAAAAGCAUGGAAUCCAUCACUACAACAUUGCAGCAACUGCUCUCUUCCUUGCCAACAAGACGGAAGAAAACUGCCGAAAAACGAAAGACAUCAUUAUCGCGGUUGCAAAAGUCGCCCAGAAGAAUGCCAAGCUCAUCGUAGACGAACAAUCGAAAGAAUACUGGAGAUGGCGAGACAGCAUUCUCAUGUUCGAGGAAGUCAUGUUAGAAAACUUGACCUUUGACCUCAUGAUCGAGAGCCCGCACUUCAAAUUGUACGACUUCCUCGGUCAGCUACAAGUGAUUCACAACAAGAACCUGCGACACGCCGCAUGGGCGUUCUGCAACGACUCAUGCUUAGCUGUUCUACCGCUUCUGAUGGACGCGCGCGACAUUGCCAUUGCGGCCAUCUUCUUUUCCAGUACCUUUACUGGAGAGCGAAUAGAAGAUGUAAACGGUGAAGCAUGGUGGAAGGCACUUAACGGCAAUGAAGAUCACUGCGCCAAAGCGAUCCAGGUACUCAAGGAAUUCUACGUCGAGAAUCCCUUGCGCAAACAAGAGAACCCCUACUCGCAGUCGCCCAUGUUCAUCCUUGAGAAUACUAGAAGAAGAGGGGAGGAUAUUAGUCUACGUUCUAUCAACGGCACCCCUAGAACUGAUAGUGCUACGCAGAGCCCUAAGGGCAAGGUCAACGGCAUGGAUGAAGCGGCGGCAGAAAGAGAGAUCGACACGGCCGCAGCUGAAUCUGCAGCUCAAGCAGCUCCUGGUGAUUCCGAUUCCGUCCUUAAGGAGGCCGCGAAUAAUCCAACCAUCCACUCAGGCACGAAUGGUAUCAAGAGAAAAGAAGUCGAGUCUUUAGCAUCGGAAAUCCGGGACCCUAAACGGCAACGCCUUGGCUCGGACGAUGAUGACGAAGGCGAAGUACAUGAAUAGAGACAUGUGCUAGCCUGGCUGGACCGAGUCUUAGUAUACCACGGGGAAGCGGCCCCUUUUGAAUACGCUCCUGAACAACCUCCUGAACAAGUUCCUGAACAAACAGAGACAAGUUUAUCGGAGGGAUCCACCCCGAAUGAUUACAGAUGGGAAUCAUCUAGUGGGGUUUCCGCGGAAGAAAAAAUUUGAAGAAGCU